GAAUUUUCAGGCGGAGCUCUGCUCUUUGCGUUGGAAUUCAGUUUCUGCUCGAAUUACUCCAGAUUGCAGCGGGGAAGGAGAGAGCAUACCGUAUCUGCAAGCAGAUGUGAGCUGGACUAAACAUUAUCCUAAAAACAGCAAGAGAAUCAAGAGAAUCGCUAUGUGGCAGCCUGCGACCGAACGAUUGCAGCACUUUCAAACAAUGUUGAAGACCAAGCUGAAUGUUUUAACAUUACGGAAAGAGCCACUACCUACGGUAAUAUUCCACGAACCAGAAGCCAUCGAACUCUGCUCCACCACUCCGCUGAUGAAGAAUCGAACUCACCCAGGCUGCAAGGUUACCUAUUUGGGGAAGGUCACCUUAACAGGGACGCAGUUUUUAACAGGCUGCACUGAAUCAGCGGUCAUCGGUUUGUGGGAGCAGCAUACCCUAGCACAGGAAGACACUACUCCAGCCAAUGCCAUUCUGGAGAUACGGCCCUUUCAGGUGCGGUUACACCACCUGGGCGGCCGGAGAGAAGCGACAGUCCACAUGGACACCUACCAAGUGGCGCGUAUUGCCUACUGCACUGCGGACCACAACGUCAGCCCCAACAUCUUUGCCUGGAUUUACCGGGAGAUCAACGACGACUUGACUUUCCAGAUGGACUGCCACGCCGUGGAGUGCGAGAGCAAGCUGGAGGCCAAGAAACUGGCGCACGCCAUGAUGGAAGCCUUUAAGAAGACCUUUAACAGCAUGAAGAGCGAUGGCAGAAUCCACAAAAGCAGCUCAUCGGAUGAAUUUCCUGAGGAGUCUGCCACCGACGAUGACUGAGCCCAUUACGAACCUGCCGCAGCAGGUACACUGAGGAUGUGAAAU